AUGUUUCCUGAAGAUUACAUCAUCAGCAGCAACAUGUUAGUUCGGCUGUGGAUUGCUGAGGGUUUUAUACAAAAUCAACGAGGGAAAACGGUUGAAGAGGUAGCGAAAGAAUAUUUGGGUCAACUCAUUAAUAGGAGUUUGAUUCAAGUUCAUGAGAUAAAUAACCCAACUGAGCGACCACAAAUAAGAUUUCGAGUUCAUGAUAUUGUCCGUGAGAUAGUAAUUCUUCCAAAGUUAGAAUACUUAUGCAUUGGUGAAGUUUUAUCAGAAAACAAUUUACUCACAACCAAUAAAAAAAUUCGGCGAUUAUCUAUCUAUGCAGAUGGUGUUAGCAAUAGUAUGUUUGCAGAGGUUGUUAAUAAUGGCAACAUCUUGAGCAGUACUCGUUCUCUCCUUUGGUUUAGCAAGUUGUCAGAACCUUACAUGAGUUCGUUCUUGAAAGUUACUCGCCUUUUGAAAGUACUAGAUCUUGGAGGUGCUCCCAUUAACAAUAUUCCUAAUGAAUUGGGAAACCUACAUAACUUGCAUUAUUUGAGCUUGAGAAACACACAAGUCAAAACGCUUCCUAGGACAAUUGGGGAGCUUUGGAACCUACAAACACUAGAUCUUAAGCAAUGUUUGGUAGUUGAGCUUCCUAGAGAAAUUGGUAAUUGUCAUAAGUUACGCCAUCUUAUUGCUUAUGUAGAGGAGCACGUACACUUACGCGUACAUGAUGGGCUUGCCUUAUUUUGGCGUCAAAAGUUAAAGAAGAAAGGUGUAAAGAUACUAGAAGGAGUACUCAAUUUUCCAAAGCUGCAAAAAUUAGCACGUCUAGAUGUUGCUGAUAGACCUAGUGUAAUGGUUGAUUUACAACAUUUAAAUCAGCUGAGAAGGCUAGAGAUCACAAAUCUUCACAAAGAAUAUGGGAGGGAGUUGUGCUCUGCAAUAGAGAAGAUGAAACAUCUUCAAUCAUUAAGUGUACAGUCAAAAUCUAAUAUAGAUGCAGAUCAUGAAAUCCUUGAUUUAGAAUACAUAUUCUCACCUCCUCCUUUACUUGAACGUCUCUACUUGGGUGGACCAUUAAUACUUGAGAAGUUACCAAUGUGGAUAAUGUGGGUUCGCAACUUGACCAAAUUGUACUUGGCAUAUUCAAGAAUCCAGGAAGGUGAGUUAUAUAUGCUUCAUUAUCUACCAAAUCUAGAAGACCUCACUCUUAAUGAAGCCUAUAUUGGUGAGGAUCUUCACUUCACACAUGGUAAGCUUAGGGUUGUUAUACUCUAUAGGCUACCAUAUCUGAAGUAUUUGUAUAUCAAUACGCCUCAUCUUCAGACGAUAUUGAUUGAUGGUUGUCCAAACAAGUUUGAUGUGUCCAUACAUAAUAUGUCCAAUCCAUGGGGUUUAAGCCGAUUAUCGCUAAUGCAUGAAAAUAAUGUUCGAUGCCCAUUUACAAUUUGGCAAACAAGUUCAAAUUCAAUAACUGUUGUAAAUGUUGAUGAGACGUCUAUUCAUGGUUUUUUACAUGGAAAGGAUGUUCAUGGUUAA